UGCCAAUCCUCCCUUCUUUUCAACAACCAUGUCUCUUCGCCAGACUCUCAGCGAAUUCUACCCACCUAAACCCACCUUCACUGAUAAAGAUCUAGAGGAUCUUGGCGGCAAAGUCUAUCUCAUCACAGGAGGGACAUCUGGAAUCGGAUUCAUUCUCGCCAAAACCCUCUACUCGAAAAAUGCAAAGGUCUACAUCACAUCACGAAGCGCGGCGUCUGGGGAAAAGGCUAUUAGCGAGAUAAAAGAGUCGGCUGCGUCUAGCCAUGGGGAGUUGCGUUAUUUGGUAAUGGAUCUUGGUGACUUACAAACGGUCGUUCCAGCAGUGAAAAGCUUCCUAGCGCAAGAGACUCUCCUUCACACAGUGUGGUUCAACGCCGGUGUGAUGAAGGUCCCCAGUGGAAGCAUCAGCAAGCAAGGCUACGAGCUCCAGUGGGGUACAAAUGUAGUGGGACACUUUGUGAUGAACAAGUUGCUCAUGCCCAUACUGCUGACUACAGCGCAGGUGGCUCCGAAAGGGAGCGUCAGAGUUGUGUGGGUGAGUAGUGACGGUCACAGUUUGCUAUCUCCAAAAGGGGAUGGCAUCGAUUGGGAAGACAUCACCACUCGAAAGUCCGAAGGAUGGAAAGGGGAAAAGGGGUCCAUGACAUAUUACGGUCAAAGUAAGGCUGGAAACGUGCUCCUUGCAAUGGAACUUGCAAAAAGAUAUGGAAAUGAAGAUAUUAUCGGUGUGUCUCUGAAUCCAGGUCACCUGAAAACGAAUCUGCAGCGUCACUCCAACUCGGCUUUGGCCAAAAGAUUCGAAGGCCUUGUUCUACAUGAUCCAUCUUUUGGUGCUUUGACUGAGCUUUAUGCGGGGUUCUCGGAUGCAAUUGGAACAGACAACAACGGGGUCUACAUUAUUCCCUGGGGGAGAGUGGGCAAAAUACGGCAAGACAUUGAAGCGGGUUUUCAUCAUCGAGGCACGGGUAAAAAGCUUUGGGAGAUCUUGGAAAAGGAGACUGAGGAAUAUGUAUUAACGGCCUGA